AUGAUGGUUACGAGUCUUGAAAGUUGUCAACAAGGCCCGCCGUUUAGCAGUUACCUGCGCGGGCCACGAACCAUGAAACCGAUCCGAAGCCAAACUGUAGACCUCGGAGAUGAGAAUUUGUCGUCUUAUUAUGACGAUUCGGACAGGGAAGACGAUGGGGGUCGAAGGUGUUCGAACCCAUGCCUGUUUCCUGAUGGAAAUAACGGGUACCGACCACCGACCGCUUCGAAUUCUUGCGAAGCUCUCAAACAUGCCGUGUCUGCAUUGACGCGGCUAGAUGAUUUUAUAUGUGAAAAGCUUGGAUCAGGCUUUUUCUCAGAAGUCUAUAAGUACAAAAAAAAGAAAAGAAAAAGGGUACCCAGUGACCUGUGUCAGUGUCGCUGCGAUGUGCAAUUUUUCAUUGCCUGUGUUGGACCCUUUCUUUCGGGUCAUCGUCAAGUUUUAUUUUGUGCCGAAAGCAGACGAGGCGACGUUUUAAAUUGA